UGAGCAUGCGUCGUUGAAAUAAUGGUGGACAGUCUUCUGUACUCGGACUGAUGAUGAUUGUAUAUCUACUACCUGUGAUUUGAGGGGGGGGAAUCAACUCUACAAUUGUGAGUUAAAGUUUGACACGUUAGAGUGAGUUAGUUUUUGGAACUGCAUAAGAAACUCUUAAGUUUGUGAAAUCUGACGUCAGGGUGACAGUCAAAGGACAGUGCAAAGAUGAGCACAGAUACAGCAACCCAGAGUGUGGCCUCCAAGAUAAUGACAUUCACCCCUUCCAAAGAGGAGUUCAAGGACUUCUGCCAGUACAUUGCAUAUAUGGAGGCACAAGGAGCACACAGGGCUGGAAUGGCAAAAGUUAUUCCACCCAAAGGCUGGAAACCCAGAAAGACAUACAAGGACAUAGAGGAGCUGGUGAUUCCUGCUCCCAUUCAGCAGGUGGUGACUGGCCAGUCUGGACUGUUCACACAGUACAACAUCCAGAAGAAGCCAAUGACUGUACAUGAGUUCCGCAAGACCUCCAACCUGGACAAGUUUUGCAAACCCCGAUAUGUAGAUGUUGAUGAACUAGAGAGGAAGUUCUGGAAGAACCUGACCUUCAACCCACCACUGUAUGGGGCUGAUGUUAGUGGAACACUCUAUGAUCCAGAUGUUACUGAGUGGAACAUUGGCCAUCUUAACACCAUUCUGGACACAGUGGAAAACGACAGUGGGCUCAAAAUCAAAGGAGUCAACACCCCAUACCUCUAUUUUGGGAUGUGGAAGAGUGCUUUUGCAUGGCACACAGAGGACAUGGAUUUGUACAGCAUCAACUACCUGCACUUUGGAGAGCCCAAGUCCUGGUACGUUGUUCCACCAGAGCAUGGGAAAAAACUAGAACGACUCGCAAAGGGUUUCUUCCCUGGAAAUGCUCAGAGUUGUGAGGCCUUCCUGCGCCACAAGAUGACUUUAAUUUCACCCUCCAUUCUGAAAAAAUAUGGCAUACCAUUUGAGAAGGUCACCCAGGAGGCGGGCCAGUUCAUUGUGACGUUUCCCUUUAGCUAUCAUGCUGGCUUCAACCAUGGCUUCAAUUGUGCUGAGUCUACCAACUUUGCUACUCAGCGAUGGAUUGAUUACGGCAAACAGGCAACUCUGUGUUCGUGUCGGCAGGACAUGGUAAAGAUUUCCAUGGAUGUAUUUGUGCGCAAGUUCCAGCCUGAUCGUUACAAGUUAUGGAAAUCUGGAAAGGACAAUGCCCCCAUCGACCACACCAAGCCCACACCAGAGGCAGGGGCAUUUCAUUCCAAGCCACAGACUGGGACAAAGCAUCAGCUUGAAGCUAUUGAAGACAUACAAAGUGAUCAGACCCCGCAGGAGACUGAACAGGUGGAGCAGAAGAAGGCCAAGUUGUCGCACAAGGAGCCUCCAGCUAAAAGUCCCAUUAUUUUAGAGACAGUUAAAGUAACACCUAAGAAAGAGAAAGAUGUCAAGCCACAGACUAAAUCUCAGUCCAGAGCCAACAAGAAAACAUCAAACAGACGAAGCCCAUCCAAAAAAGACAAGAACGGCCUGGCAUCUGCAGAUGUCCUUCCUCCUGAGCCCACUGGCCAGGCGGUAGUUGUGUGCUCUAAGGAAGGAGGCACCCAGGAUCCUCAGCUAGGCACCAGCUGCAGCCCCGCACACCAACAGUUUCAGAGGACCUUGAGUCCUGCAGACGUCCUGCACGUCCACAGCUAUGCAAAAGGAGACUAUGGAGAAGGAGAAGCCCCGCCCAAGGAGAAGAGUGACAACAGUGACAACAGUGACAAUGAGGCUGAGAGUGAUAGCAGCAAAGCACUCUUGGCAGAGGAAGAGGCUGUAGCUGGAGCACCAGGGACUGAUCUGGGCCAGCUGCCGGGUCACCAUCCACUCAUAAAAGAUGGCAUGAGUGAUGAAGAGGCUUCAGAGGAACCAAACCCAGGAGAGAAGGGGGGACUGGAGGGGGAGAGCUGGGCUAAAACUCUGGUUCACUUAUGGCAGAGCAGACCUCCCAACCUCAAAAAAGAAAAGGAGUAUAACCUACGUGUAGGCUCCAAACCUCCAUACUGCUCUAUCUGCUUGCUGUUUCACACUUACCAGCAGACUGAAUGUUCGAUCAGCGUAGACAGUCCUGUGAUGGUGGCUGGGGGGCGGAUGCGGACAAAGCCUCUGAUUCCAGAGAUGUGUUUCACAACCACCACGGAGGAGGAUUCCGAGCAUGAGGGGCAAUGUGUGACACCAUAUCUGGAGGAUGAUGGAACCAGCCUCCUUAUUAGCUGCACUCAGUGCAGUGUGCGGGUUCACACUAGCUGUUAUGGUGUGGACCCAGCCAGUGUGAGCAAGGACUGGAAGUGUGCUCGCUGCAAGGCCAAUGCCAUGACAGAGAAUUGUUGUUUGUGUUCUUUGAGAGGCGGCGCCUUGCAAAAAGCCAACAACAAGAAAUGGGUGCAUGUGCUGUGUGCUGUAGCCGUGCUCGAAGCACGCUUUGUCAGUAUCACUGACAGGAGUCCUGUGGAUCUGAGUGGAAUUCCCCUGCAGAGGUUUAAAUUGAAAUGUUACUACUGUAAGAAGCGAAUGAAGAAGGCGUCGGGCUGCUGUGUGCAGUGCUCUCAUGGCCGCUGCCCCACCGCCUACCACCCCACUUGUGCGCAAGCAGCUGGAGUACUCAUGCAACCAGACGACUGGCCCUUUGUGGUCCACGUUACAUGCUGUCGGCACAAAGGCCCUGCUCAGAUUGAGCGCAAUAAGGCAACCAUGCAUGAGCUGACUGUGGGACAAAAAGUCAUAUGCAAGCACAAGAAUGGCCGCUACUACCAAUGUGACGUGGUGCAGCUUUCUAAGGAGACGUUCUAUGAAGUCAAUUUUGAUGAUGGGUCCUUCAGUGACAACCUGUUUCCUGAAGACAUUGUGAGUCAAGACUGUGCUCAGCUUGGACCUCCAUCCCAGGGUGAUGUGGUUCAGGUGCGAUGGACAGAUGGCCUUGUGUAUGGUGCCAAAUUUGUGGCAGCUCAUGUCAUUCAGAUGUACCUGGUGGAAUUUGAGGAUGGAUCGCAGCUAACAACCAAGAGAGAUGAUGUCUACUCUCUGGAUGAGGAGCUCCCCAAGAGAGUGAAGUCAAGACUGUCAAAAGCCUCUGACAUGAGAUUUGAUGGCAUCUUUGAGGAAAAGGAGAUCAUCCAGGAGUCAAAGAGACAGAGAGUAAUCAACUCGCGCUACAGGGGGGACUACGUGGAGCCUGCCAUCUACAGAGCCAUCAUGGAGUAGUCCUGUGUGCUCAGCCACAUACCACCAGCAAUGACAUCCUCUAACUCUGCAGCUAGCCACUGGGAGAGUAGCUCCAUACCACUUCCAUGCCUGAGCACUGGACUUUGUCUGACUCCAGUCAGCUAGUCUCCAGCCUUUGCUGUGUGUCACAGUAGGAAGAAUAGAAAAGUGGCACUUGUAUAAUACAGUAGUAUGUUGAAAGUGAAAAGGAAAACUGGACUGGUCUUUACUUCAAUCAUCUGUAGUGUUGACAGGAAGUUUAAAGGAUCAUCAUUUGACUUCUUCCCUGCUGCCAUCAGUGCCUAUAAUACAGAUCCCAACAAAUAUAUAAGCUUCAUUUGUAUGUAUUUGUAACCACGCUUGGCAUUUGGACAGUUGGUCUGAGGCAGAGGCCUACACUUACAGUAGGCCUACACAAAUAUAUAAGCAGAUUAUCAAAAAUAGUCAUGUCACUGAUGUCACUUGUUUCUUUAUUUAGGUUCAGAUGUGUACGUCUUUUUCUUUCUCAGACGUUGUGGCCUUGAUCAAUAUACUGUCCAGCUGAAGCACCCUUCUGGGUGACCGUCUUGUCUGAUGUCAUCCACUUGCUCACACUGGUCGUCCUGCUCACAGUUUGAACUUUUCCGACUCGAGUAGGAAGGACAGACGUUAGUAUUGACUGAAGCUACAACCAUAGGGACCCCAGCUCUGGACAGCAUAGGCAAGGUGCACGUCUCAAACCUCUGGACAAGUUAGAUGUCUAAGUUAGGCUUUGCUGACUGGCAAAGCUUUGUUUGAUGCUCUGGGAAGCAGACUCAUUCAUUGGUUGUUGUUAGGCUCAUUUGGCUGCAUCGACUCUGAUGCACUGUAUCUCUUGUCUGAAGCCAACACUAGUGCACCACACCAACCUUUAUUAGGUUGGUGUCCAUCACAAAGGGUGCCAGCGAGGGUCCAGUAGCAGAGCUCCAGGCUUCAUUCAGAUCGCUCACCAACUAAAUGUGUAGUUCUACAUAGAGAACUUCUGUGGAACUACCUCGUACCGAGUGGUAGCAGCUGAUGUCCUUUGUGUUUGAACUAACACUGUAGCCAUUUCUAGAAGCAUUGUAAUGACAGAUUAUUUUUAAUAACCAACACACAAUUCUUCAAAUCCUACCCAGGGUAUGAUCUCUGAAGAUUGCCUUUAUUGGUGCAGCUACAAUACUGGAGUUUUGUACUAAUGUAGUACAGAAGGUUUUUGAUAUGUUACUUUGAAAGACUUUUAAAGAUUUGUAUAUUUUUAAGAGUUUUGCAGAUGCUCCUAAUUUUGUGCAGAAAACUAAGACAGGUCAUCCUGUAAGACCUUCAUUUACUCAUCUAAUCUCAAGAAAACAGCAGCAGCUGCUGUGGUGCCACAGUGGAAACUCAAUUACGACUUUAGGAAAGGAAAUACUGAGUUGAUGUUGUCUUCAAUCUAAAUUGAAGCUUGUAUGUGAAUAUGUACAGCUUUGGAAUAAAUAGCAAGCAGACAUCAGUUGGAAUAUUUGUGUCAUACAAAUUUGUUAUUUUAAAGAAUGUGCUCUGGCUUUUAAAAACAUUUUUGGGGUAAAGAAUGCUCUAGUACAUCAGAUCUCAGCAUUUCACUCAAAAUGAUAUGAAGGGAUCGAUUUACUCUUAACUUUGCUCGUGUCCAACUGUAACUAGCAACUGCAUUCCUUUCUAUUCAAGCGAGUAAAUGGAAAAUGGGUUUCACACAUAGACUAUUUAUUGGUGCUUUAGGAGAGUAAGCUGGGAUGGCAAUGGUUCUGUUUUUAUUUAUUUAUUUUCUUUUAACAAAUAAAUUAUGAAUGCUGCAUCUCCAGUCCUCAUGUAUUUCUACCCAAUUUGUGAGGGCAUUUGAAUAGGCUGUGCUGCCAUUACUAAUUAGUUCUUGCUUUAUUUGUAUAAUGUUAACUGUACAUUUCUAAGAUGUCUUACAGAUUGUUCUCCCUUCCCUCUUGAUCACUGAUCACUGAUCACUUUGCACUGGAUAGUGGGACACGGUGAUAAUAUCAUUCGUUGCCUGUUAACUUGUAGAGGAGUGGAGUUAGUUUUCUUGUUAGUCGUCACUGGUUUCAUCACCUUCUACAUCACCUUGUUUCAUCAGUCCAGCGGGGAGGAGGAAUUUCUAGGAGGGUUUGUAAAAUGUAAAACUUCCAUUUUGUUGUGUAUUGUAAUGCAUAUUUUGUGUGUAUUUUCACAGGAGCUGUGAAGUGUAAAUGUCAUGUCCAUAUUCAACAUGUUGAUCCAGAGACAAACUGUCUGGACAAACUGUCUUGUGUUACUGCUUCUGAAAAGAAAGAACUAGAUUACAGUUCAAGAAUUUUGUAAAAAGACUUUGUUUCAGUAAAAACAUUUGCUUUAGCAUCA